CCGAUGCUCCUCUUCUCACUUCUCAAGUUCCCACUACCCACCAAGGCCAUCCACAAACCGACCCCGCUUUUAGCCUCAGUCUGUUCCUACUAAUGUUAUAUAAAAGAAUUGAAAGAAAACUGUUGCAGAGAUUUUGGUAAAUUUUGGAGGGAUUGGUUAUCCGCUUUUAACCUCAGUCAGCUUCCACUAAUAUUUAUGUAAAAGAAUUCAAAGAAAACUGUUGCAGAUAUUUUGGUAAAUUUUGGAGGGAUUGGAAUGGCUUGGGGGAGUGUAAACUCCCAGUUUGGAACUGCACUUUUGUGGCAUGCUAAACUGAAGAAUGUUUCUCCAAGAUUACAACUUUUGGAAAAUAAACCUCAGCGGGUUCUCAGUUCACUUGAUUCCCUGAAGCUUGCCUGCAGUCCAGUUGCCCCCGAGUUAAGAGGUAGACGCCCAUCAGAGAACCUGGGUCAAUGCAAAGCCGCGGUGAUCAGAUGUGAUCAUCCUCAAAAUGCAGAUCUACCUCGCUACUAUUCAAAGAAGGAGAAGAAGCCCUUCCCUGUUCCAAUAGUUGAGUUGAGGAGAGCUGCCAGGGAAAGGUUCAAGAACAGCAAAGGCCAACCAAGAAGACCAAUUCCCCCUCCGAAAAAUGGCUUGGUUGUUAAGAGCCUAACUCCCCUUGCUUACAGUGUGCUAAAUGCAAGAAUAACGUUGAUUAACAAUGUCAAGAAGUUGUUGAAAGUGGUGCCCGUUCAAGGUUGCAAGUGGUGCAAUGAAAUCCAUGUGGGACAGUUUGGUCAUCCAUUCAGAUCAUGCAAAGGACCAACAGCCUCAAUUCGUAAGGGAGAGCAUGAGUGGGGAGAUGCAGUAAUUGAAGAUAUACUGGUGCCAAUUGAAGCAUACCACCUCUAUGAUCGUCUGCAAAGGCGUAUCACACACGAUGAGAGAUUCUCGAUCCCCAGAAUCCCUGCACUAGUGGAGCUCUGCAUUCAGGCAGGGGUUGAUUUGCCUGAAUAUCCUACAAAACGAAGAAGAAAACCAAUCAUACGAAUUGGGAAAAGUGAGUUCAUUGAUGCAGAUGAAAGUGACUUGCCAGACCCUGUGACAGAAGCUCCCAUGCCACGAAUAUUGACUGAAAUACCUGAUGGAGAAAUUAAUCCCCCUUCUAGUGCAGAAGAAAUUGCUGUGCUUGCUGAGGAAACACUUCAAGCAUGGGAAAAAAUGAGGAAAGGGGCCAAGAGGCUGAUGAAGAUGUAUCCUGUGAGGGUUUGUGGAUAUUGUCCAGAAGUGCAUGUGGGUCCUAGUGGACACAAGGCCCAAGUUUGUGGAGCUUACAAGCAUCAGCAACGUAAUGGGCAGCAUGGAUGGCAGACAGCUGUUCUUGAUGACUUGAUACCUCCAAGAUAUGUGUGGCAUGUUCCUGACGUCAAUAAGCCUCUAGCACGAGAGCUUAGAAAUUUCUAUGGUCAAGCCCCUGCUGUUGUAGAAAUAUGCAUACAGGCUGGUGCUGCUGUGCCUGAACACUACAAACCCACGAUGAGGUUGGAUAUUGGAAUUCCUAAAGACGCUAAAGAAGCUGAAAUGGUCGUUUGAUUUUUAAUUAUAUCCAUUUCAGAAAUAGAACUAGUAAUUGCAUUUUAAGAAAAAAUGAAAAGGAAAUCAUACGCCCUUGAUCUUCACUCGGUGGUAUGAAGUUGAGAUACAUUUCGUUACAGUAUUUCAGCAGAUGAAGGCAAGUUUCCAAAAUCAGAGCAGAAAGCUUGGCUAUCUGAGAGUUAUUGUUGCCCUGCUCUUCUAAAGGAACAAAAGACUUGGUGCACUGACAUCUCUCCUGCAGAGUAUUCCUGUUCAGCUGAAAGAUUUGCUUGAUGAAAAGUGUCAGAUAGCCUUUCGGCCUUUUCUUUGGCUGGUCUAGAAUUUGGAAACAGUAAGAUCUUGCUCAGCCCCGGAUCCAUGAUGUGAUAUCAGUUGGGGUGCUAUAUAGAUUUGCAGUUGCAUGCAUCAUUUAUAUUGAUGAAUAUGAGAGGAAUCAGGUUUCAAUUUUCUCAAAUUUCAUACUCGGUGUAUAUGAGACAUUUAAUGUGUAUACCAUUGUGCUGUAGUGUUAAUACAGUUGGAAUGAAAGAUAUAAUAGUGCUCGUUUAA